AUGCGCCUUCUCAAACGUGACGGAAAUGGCGCAAUCAUCAUCGAAAGCUUCAGCAACGGGCUGGCACCUCCUUAUGCGAUAUUGUCUCACACAUGGGGCCAAGACAGCGACGAAGUAACUUUUGCAGAUAUCGUCAAUGGAAAUGGCGAGCGUAAGGCCGGUUACGAAAAGAUCCGCUUCUGCGACUUACAAGCACAACAUGAUGGUCUACAGUACUUCUGGAUCGAUACGUGUUGCAUCAACAAAGACGACAAGGCUGAACUUUCUCAAGCUAUUCACCGCUGGUUCACGCGUGGCUGGACGCUCCAAGAGCUGAUUGCGCCGUGCACGGUCAGGUUCUUCUCCGAGGAAGGGGACGAACUGGGUGACAGAUCUUCGCUACGAUGCUUAAUCAACAGGAUAACCAGCAUUCCCCUUGAAGUGCUAGAUGGAAGUACAUUGUCCCAAUUCAAAUGCGACGAACGGCAGCGAUGGGCAAACGAGAGGAGCACAAAGCUUAAAGAGGAUAAGGCAUAUGCCUUAUCAGGUCUUUGCGGUGUACACAUUGCGCCUGUAUACGGGGAGGGUGAAGAAGAAGCGUUCAGACGGCUUCGCUGGGAGAUUGAGAAGCUGGAAGCCUGCAUUCGUCACUUGCGCGAUAGCGAUCCUCGUCACGACAAAAAGCGCAUUGAAGAAACGAAGGGCGGUUUGCUGGUUAGCUCAUAUCACUGGAUCCUAGAUAAUCGCACCUUUCAGAAAUGGCAGCAUGAUCCCACUGGCCAACUGCUCUGGGUAAAGGGCGAUCCUGGCAAAGGCAAAACAAUGCUGCUAUGCGGUAUAAUCGACGAGAUACAGAAGAACAUACGACACAACACGGUCGCGUACUUCUUCUGCCAAGCGACAGACUCGCGCAUUAAUAAUGCCGUAGCGGUUUUGCGAGGACUGCUGUAUAUGCUUCUGGAUCAGCAGCCACUCCUGGCGCGGCAUGUCCAAAAGCAACACGAGCAUGCAGGCAAACAGCUAUUUGAGGAUUCAAACGCAUGGGUAGCACUAAGAGACAUCUUCACAGACAUCCUUCAGGAUCCAAGCCUUGGCAGGGCAUGUCUUGUCGUCGAUGCCUUAGACGAGUGCAUCGUUGAUCUACCAAAGCUGCUGGAUUUUGUGGCUAAACAGUCAUCGGCAUCUCCGCACGUUAAGUGGGUCGUGUCUAGUCGCAACUGGCCUGAUAUUGAAGCACAGCUAGAGCAGGCAGGACACAAAAUCAAGCUGAGUCUUGAGCUGAAUUCAGAAUCAAUAGCCACGGUGGUUGGCGCCUUCAUUGAGCAAAAGAUGAACAUUCUAGCUACUGAGAAGCAGUACACACCAGAAAUGCAACUAGAAGUGCUUCAACACUUGAACUCGAACGCCAAUGAUACCUUUUUGUGGGUGGCAUUGGUUUGUCAGAAUCUGGAGAAAACACCUAGAAGGCAUAUACGGAAAAGCCUCACCGAAUUCCCACCUGGUCUGGACGCUCUGUAUGAGAGGAUGGUGAGCCAGAUUGGUGCGUCAAAGGAUGCAGAAACCUGUUUGCAAGUUCUAGCGUUGGCUGCAGUUUCAUAUCGACCUAUAACCAUCUCUGAGCUAGUCGCUCUAGCCAAACAAGUUGAGAAGAAUGCUGAAGACGUAGAUGAGAUUGUCGCUCUCUGUGGAUCUUUCCUCACGCUACGAGAAGGCAUCGUUUACUUUGUACAUCAAUCAGCUAAAGACUUUCUGCUCACCAAAGCAGCUUCGCAGAUCUUCCCAGACGGAGCAGAGGCUGUCCAUUGUUCGACCUUCUUGAGGUCCAUGGAAGUCUUGUCUAGCACACUGCAUAGGGACAUCUAUGAUCUCAAAGAGCAAGGAAUUGCUACCGAGGAGAUUAUAAUACCCGCUCAAGACCCUCUCGCCCCUGUACGCUACUCUUGCACUUACUGGGCCGACCAUCUCUGCGACUCGAAUCCUGACUGGUCAGCUAACAAUGCAGAGAAUCCAAAACUCUUAGCUACAAUCGAUGAGUUCUUUAAGAAGACAUAUCUAUACUGGAUCGAGGCGCUCAGUCUAUAUCAGAGCGUAGAACAAGGCAUCGCAGCCGUUGCUAAAGUGCUUCAACUGGUGCAGAAUGACCAAAUUCUGAGUGAACUUACUGCACUCAUUAAUGAUUGA